AUGGACUAUUCCUAUGAUGAGGAUCUGGACGAGCUCUGUCCGGUCUGCGGGGACAAGGUCUCCGGGUACCACUACGGGCUGCUCACCUGCGAGAGCUGCAAGGGCUUCUUCAAACGGACGGUGCAGAACAACAAGCACUACACCUGCACCGAGAGCCAGAACUGCAAGAUCGACAAGACCCAGCGCAAACGCUGUCCUUAUUGCCGCUUCCAGAAGUGCCUGACCGUAGGGAUGCGCCUGGAAGCUGUUCGUGCAGAUCGUAUGCGUGGAGGAAGGAACAAAUUUGGACCUAUGUACAAGCGGGACCGUGCCUUAAAGCAGCAGAAGAAAGCUCUGAUCCGUGCCAAUGGCUUCAAGCUUGAGGCCAUGCCUCAGAUUGUGUCCCCGGUGCAGAACGACUACAGCCUGUCCUCCUCCAUCCACAGCAUCCAUGCCAUGUCCAAGACCUUGCCACCGAACCCUGCUGCCCUGACACCCAUUGACUAUGAGCGCAGCCCCUAUGGGACCCCCUCCCUGGGAAUGACUGUGCCCAGCCAUGCACCUCUGGCUGGCUACCACUACUCCUCCUUCCCCAACCGCACCAUCAAGUCCGAGUACCCAGACCACUACACAAACACGCAUGAGUCCAUGCCUGUCUAUGUGUACCCAGAGACCUACCCCAGCAGCUCCCCUCCUGACAUCCCUGAGGUCAUCCUGAAGCUGCUGGAGCUGGAGCCUGAUGAGGCCCAGGUGAAGGCACGGAUACUGUCCUGCCUGCAGCAAGAGCAAGGCAAAGGCCGGCAUGAGAAGCUCAGCACCUUUGGCCUCAUGUGCAAGAUGGCUGACCAGACCCUCUUUUCCAUCGUGGAGUGGGCACGGAGCUGCAUCUUCUUCAAGGAGCUAGAGGUGGGUGACCAGAUGAAGUUGCUGCAAAACUGCUGGAGUGAGCUGCUGGUGUUUGAUCACGUCUACCGGCAGCUGCAGCACGGCAAGGAGCACAGUGUGCUGCUCGUCACUGGCCAGGAGGUGGACAUGUCGACCAUCGCAUCCCAGGCUGGCUCCAUCCUGAACACGCUGGUGCUACGGGCACAGGAGCUUGUCCUGCACUUGCACUCGCUCCAAGUGGACCGGCAGGAAUUUGUCUGCCUUAAGUUCAUCAUCCUCUUCAGCCUUGAUGUGAAGUACCUGGAGAACCACAUGCUGGCUAAGGACGCUCAGGAGAAGGCCAACGCAGCGCUGCUGGAGUACACAGUCUGCCAUUACCCACACUCCACAGACAAGUUUCGUCAGCUACUGCUGCGGCUGGCUGAGGUCCGGGCACUGAGCAUGCAGGCAGAGGAGUACCUCUACCACAAGCACCUGAGUGGGGAGGUGCCCUGCAACAACCUCCUCAUUGAGAUGUUGCACGCCAAGCGGACUUGA